CCGCGGAACUCCAGUCCCUGCAGAUGAUCUGGAGGAAAUGUUAUGAAGACAGGUUUUAAGCCAAUAAUCAUACGUUAGCAAGCAACUAGAUAGCAUUUCACAGGUAAAAAUUAGAACGUGUGGAUUUGAAGCACACAUUGAAGAGCUGCUGAAUCACCAUAUCUGGAAAAUGGAUCCAGGAUACUAAUUACAUCUCGCUAUUUGAAAUACGUGUCAAUUCAUCUCCCCACUGGCUUUCUUUCACCACCAACAACAUACCAGGCCGACGACGACAGCUAGCUAGCGGGUAUUGCUAGCCACCUAGCUAACAUACUGCUAGCUACUGGUUUCCCCAUUCUUUUCUCAGAUGUCCACAAUGACCACUAAGGUCCUGCAUGCUCCUCCCACACCUAGCCCUGCCUCUUCGUGAUUGAACAGCUGCUGACUGACCAGAGAGGUGAUAUAUGUCUGUGUUGCCAUGACCUAAAGACAUCAUCAAUCAAAGAUGGAGAAAAAGAAAAUGUGCCCCCGUCUACUGGACUACCUGGUGGUGGUCGGAGCCAGGCAGCCCAGCACUGACAGCGGGUCCCAGACCCCCCAGCUCCUCCGCCGCUACCCGCUGGAGGACCACCCGGACUUCCCUCUGUCCCCGGACGUGGUCUUCUUCUGUCAGCCUGAGGGAUGCCAGAGCAUCCGGCAGCGCCGGGUCAGCCUGCGAGACGACGCCUCCUUCGUCUUCGCACUCACUGACAAAGACUCUGGCAUCACGCGCUACGGUAUCUGCGUCAACUUCUACCGCUCCUUCCAGCGAGGGGGGCACCGCCGCGACAAGGUGGGUAGCGGUGAAACGGCGGCGCAGACAGCGGAAGCGACCAGCGAGAGUUCCGAUGGCAGCGGUGGCUGCCACACUGCCUCCACGUUGCCGACACCUGCCAGUGCCGACACAACAGCCACAUCUGCGCCAGGCAUGGAGCCGGGACCGCCCGGUGGCGAGCCAAAUGCUGGCAGGUCCCCUCGGCACAAACGCAGCACUGCCAAGAUGGUCAAUCGGAACCGCGACAGCACGCUGACCUCGCUGUGCAUGAUCAGCCACUACCCCUUCUUCUCCACCUUUAGGGAGUGCCUGUACAUCCUCAAGAGAAUGGUGGACUGCUGCAGCCACAGGUUGACCCAGCGCGCCGGCCUGCCCCGCGGAACUCAGAGGGACACCAUGUGGCGCGUGUUCACGGGGGCCCUGUUGGUGGAGGAGAAGGGCAGCCAGCUGCUGGCUGACCUGCGGGAGAUCGAGUCCUGGGUCUACCGUCUCCUGCGCUCCCCGGUGCCCGUGGCGGGCCAACGGCGCGUAGAUGUGGAGGUGCUGCCCCACGAGAUGCAGCCGGCACUCACCUUCGCCCUGCCCGACAACUCUCGCUUCUCCAUGGUGGACUUCCCCCUGCACCUGCCGCUGGAGUUGCUGGGUGUGGACGCCUGCCUCAUGGUGCUCAGCUGCAUCCUGCUGGAGCACAAGGUAGUCCUCCAGUCGCGGGACUACAAUGCCCUGACCAUGAGUGUCAUGGCGUUUGUAGCCAUGAUCUACCCCCUGGAGUACAUGUUCCCGGUCAUUCCCCUACUGCCCACCUGCAUGGCCUCCGCUGAACAGCUUCUCCUCGCCCCCACCCCUUACAUCAUAGGUGUGCCUGCCAGCUUCUUCCUCUACAAAUCAGAUUUCAAAAUGCCUGACGACGUGUGGCUCGUGGACCUGGACUGUAACAAGGUCAAAGCACCCACCAAUGCAGAGCACCUACCCCCUCUUCCCGAGCCAGAAUCCACAGAACUCAAGAAACACCUGAAACAGUGUCUGGUUAGGUUGACCGUGAUCACCCAAAAGCAGAUCUUCUCCUCUGACAAUAAGGCCCUGGCCAGCAUGAGUCUCAACACCCAGCCCAUUCUGAACCUGGAGAAGUUCCAGGAGGGCCAGGAGUUACCCCUGCUCCCCCCCGGCCAGAACAAGGCGUCGCCCUCCUCCACCGAGUUCAACCCCCUCAUCUACGGCAACGACGUGGACUCUGUGGAUGUGGCCACCAGGGUUGCCAUGGUCCGGUUCUUCAACUCCCCCAACGUGCUCCAGGGUUUCCAGAUGCACACACGCACGCUGCGCCUCUUCCCCCGGCCUGUGGUGGCAUUUCAGGCCACGUCCUUCCUGGCCUCGCGGCCCCGCCGCUCAGGCUUCGCUGAGAAGCUGUCGCACACCCAGGCCGUGGAGUACUAUGGCGAGUGGGCCCUCAACCCCACCAACCUGGCCUUUCAGAGGAUCCACAACAACGUGUAUGACCCAUCUUUGAUCGGAGACAAGGGCAAGUGGUACGCCCACCAGCUGCAGCCAGUGUUCUACCGCGUAUACGACGGCAGCUCCCAGCUGGCCGAGGCUAUGAGCGGACCCCUAGAGGAUGAGGCCAACGACUCGGACCCCACAGACGACAGUGCGGCCGAUGGAGACAUUGCAGCAGAAGCAGCAGUAUGUGACAGCGAGGCUGGCUACGAUGACUCCAGCUCAUCCUACUCGUCACUUGGAGACUUGGUGAGCGAAAUGAUCAAAUGUGACAUCCAAGGGGACACGCCAAACCUGGAUCCCCCUACCCACGCUGCACUGGGAGACGCCAGCGAAGUGGAGUUCCAGGACUUCCAGGAGUUCAAGGGAGGAGAGGGUCCCCUCCCCGAAGAGAAGGCACUGCCCGAGGGGGGCGACGGAGCUCCUGAACCUCUUGAUGGACAAGCCCUUCGCUCGAGCUCCAGCACAACCGCCAGCUCCAGCCCAAGCACAAUCAUCCAGGGAGUCAACAAUGAGCAGGCUGAACCAGUGGAAAUUGAGGCGUUGGCCAGUGCAGCUCUACAGAACUCUGUCCCGGGAUUGGGUGCGCCGCCCUUCUCCAGACUUCCCCCAGACGCCGACCCGGUGGGACAAGCCAAUAAGAAGGGCGAGUACGACAACCCUUACUUUGAGCCUCAGUAUGGCUUCCCUGCUGAGGAGGACCCUGAGGCAGAAGACCAAGAGGAGACGUACACGCCCCGGUUCAACCAGAACCUCAAUGGCAAGAAAGCCCAACGCCCCCUGAGGCCCAGCAGCCUAAAGCUGCCUGGAGAGUCGGACGGAGAGGGCGACUCCCGCAACAGUUCUCCAAUCUCCAACAACAGCAGCGAUGGCUUUGGGGGCCUCAUGUCCUUUGCUAGUAAUCUGUACAAGAACCACGGCACCAGCUUCAGCCUCUCCAACCUGUCUGUACCCAACAAGGGGGGCCUGAGGGAGAAGGCCGCUGGGACUGGGCCCUUCCCCAAUCUCAAAGAAUAUUUUAAUUUUGACGUAGAGGAGGAAAUUGAGGAAGUAUUUGGACUAAAUUCUCUAAUGGAGAUAAUUACAGAGGCCGGCCCGGGGAGCGGAGAAGGAGGAGCCCGCGGUCCCCCCAGGGCCCUCGUUGACCAGAAGUCGUCAGUCAUUAAGCACAGUCCCACGGUCAAGAGAGAGUCCCCCUCGCCCCAGGGUCGUGCCAACAACACCAGUGAGAACCAGCAGUUCCUGAAGGAGGUGGUGCAGAGUGUGCUGGAGGGCCAAGGCGUGGGCUGGCUCAACAUGAAGAAGGUGCGCCGCCUGCUGGAGAACGAGCAGCUGCGCGUCUUCGUGCUGAGCAAGCUGAACCGGACUGUCCAGUCAGAGGAGGAUGUCAGGCAGGAGGUCAUCCGUGAUGUGGAGAUUAGCAGGAAGGUGUACAAGGGCAUGUUAGACAUACUGAAGUGCACCGUUUCUAGUCUGGAACACUCGUACACCAAUGCCGGGCUUGGAGGCAUGGCCAGCGUCUUCGUUCUGCUGGAAAUAGCACGCACCCACUACCAAACCAAAGUAGACCCAGAGAAGCGCAAGCGGAGCCCCAGUGACGCUGCAAGCAGCCCGGGCAGCAAAGAGAGCCCGUCUGCCCGCAUGGAGGGCACCAGGCCCCCGGGGCUCCUCCUGGUGCCCCGUCUCCAACUGCCGCACCCCACCUCGGGGGGCAAAGGCACCCACCACUUUGACACCCGGAGUCUGAACGAGGAGAAUUUUAUUGCCUCCAUUGAAUUGUGGAGCAGGCACCAUGAAAAGGAUAAGCAAAAAGCUAUGGAAAAACAACAGAGAGCGGAGGGGGCUAAGAAACAGCACCCUGAGCUGACUGACACGGAGGAGAAGAAGUCCCAGAUCAGUGCUGACAGUGGCCUCAGCGUCAACUCCGGAUCCCAGAAGAGUGACACAGAGUCCGUGACCAGCACUGAACCGCCAGUCCUUACCAGAAGCACCAGCCAGGACUCAGAGGCCAGCACAGUGCCUGGCACAAUGGCUCUUGCCAAAACCAUAAGUAACAGCUCAGGGGAGACGCUGGGAGCUGACAGUGAUUUGAGUAGCACUGCUGGGGAGGGCUUGGGUGGCAGGCAAGCCCCCCACCUCAACCUCUCCAGGGGAACACUGUCCGACAGCGAGAUUGAGACCAACCCGGCCACCAGCUCAGUGUUUGGUAAGACCCAAAAGAUGAAGCCUGGUGUGAAGGAGGCGAAGGCUAAACUUGUACCUGUCGUGGAUAAGGGGCCUCCCGCCCAGCCCUUGGAGGACAUCAGCAUGAGGAUUUACCUAUGUGAUGGCCUGCUGGGGCGCGACAAGAGCUCCAUGUGGGACCAGCUGGAGGAUGCUGCCAUGGAAACCUUCUCUCUGAGUAAGGAGCGCUCUACACUGUGGGACCAGGUCCAGUUCUGGGAGGAUGCUUACUUGGAUGCUGUCAUGUUGGAGAGGGAGGGGAUGGGCAUGGACCAGGGACCUCAGGAGAUGAUUGACAGAUACCUGUCACUCGGGGACCACGACCGUAAGCGCCUGGAGGACGAUGAGGACAGGCUGCUAGCUACUCUACUGCACAAUAUGAUCGCCUACAUGCUAAUGGUUAAGUUGAACAAGAAUGACAUCAGGAAGAAGGUGAGGCGUCUAAUGGGGAAGUCCCACAUCGGCCUCAGCCACAGCCAAGAGAUCAACGAGUGUCUGGACAAACUGGCUAAUUUGAAUGGCCGCGAGCUGUCCAUCAGACCUAGCGGAAGCCGUCACAUCAAGAAGCAGACCUUCGUGGUGCAUGCUGGGACAGAUACCACAGGGGACAUCUUCUUCAUGGAGGUGUGUGACGACUGCAUAGUCCUGCGCAGCAACAUCGGCACAGUGUAUGAGCGCUGGUGGUACGAGAAGCUCAUUAACAUGACCUAUUGCCCCAAGACCAAGGUGCUGUGUCUGUGGAGACGCAAUGGCCAGGAGACCCAACUCAACAAGUUCUACACCAAGAAGUGUCGCGAAUUGUAUUACUGUGUGAAGGACAGCAUGGAAAGGGCUGCUGCACGACAAAAGAGCGUUAAACCAGGUCCAGAGCUGGGUGGAGAGUUCCCUGUGCAGGACAUGAAGACAGGCGAGGGAGGACUGCUACAAGUUACCCUGGAAGGCAUCAACCUCAAAUUCAUGCACAGCCAGGAGCGGAAGGUUUUCAUAGAGCUGAAUCACAUUAAAAAGUGCAAUACUGUGAAGGGAGUCUUUGUCCUGGAGGAAUUUGUUCCUGAAACUAAAGAAGUGGUGAUCCACAAGUACAAGACACCCAUGGCACACCAGAUCUGUUACUCCGUCCUCUGCCUUUUCUCUUACGUGGCUGCGGUGAAGGGGAAGGAAGCAGAAGGCAAGCCCAAGCUCCUAUCUCCAAGAUCCCUGCAAAGCUAGUCUACGACCCCUCCAAUCUACCCCCCCAAAAAAAAACCUCCUCUGUGCCUCUCACUCUGCAACAACGUGGAAUCUCGGUCCUACUAUGACAUUGAGUUCUGACAAUCCCUGACCUACUUAAGCACACACCUCUUUGCGCCCUGUAAGUACAUUCCCAAGAAAUACCCUCUACUCUUUGCGCCCUGCCUUGUAAGUAAAAUCCCUAUUAUAUAGAUAUAUAUAUAUAUAUAUAUAUAUAUAUAUAGAUAUACACACACACGUGAACCCUGGUCUGUGGCAUCGUGCGUACACCCUUCAACCCUGGUCACGUCCUCUAAGCUCCUCCCAUACAGGCCCAGCCUGAGGCCGUAAGCUUGCUUGUUCUUCAAGGGGAGACUGGGUCCGUCCGUCCCCCUUCUCUGUGACUGUCCUUCUCUCAUCCUGGCCUGCUGCCGAGGUCUCAUUGGUUGUUUUUAAUGGGAUGGAGACAGCGACGGGGAGGGAUAUGUGAGGCACAGCCUUGCAAGUCGAUAAGAAAGCAACCAACCUCCCUGUCCACUCUCUGCUCCACUUCCUAUGACUGUGUGAUGAAUAUUCUAUGUGCUACGCGGUACUACUGUAAAACUCCAGUCUGUCCAAGUCCAAACCGGUGAAACUUUUAAAAAGCACUCUAGUACUGACGGGUGUCACUUUGUUAAACGCUAGUACUGUAUGGUGCAUCAAACACUGCAUGUAAAAGCUUUUUAAAGGUUUCAUUCCCUUUGAUCCCAAAAUAGCUUGUGUGGUCCAAGAUGCUUGUAUCUCUUUAGCUUCCCCUGUGAGGUUAAACUACUGUAGUAGUUCUGUCAAAUUUUUUGUCUGUGGUCCUCUUUAUUGAAUUGCAUGUUACAAAUAUUGCAAAAUAUUUUAAAAGAGAAGCAGAAUGCUGUACAUUUCACCAUAAGAAAAUGUUUUACAAAGUGUGGUUUAUUCACUAGAUGUGCAAUACUUUACGUAGUUAGCCAGAGCCAGAUCAUUGUUCUGAUAAAAAAUCUUGGCUAUUCUGGCUUUCAAAGAGCAAAGAAUGUAAAAAAAAGGACUUCAUUGUCUUACAUAUUUAUUGAAGUAAAUAAAUAUGAUGAUCUAUUGUUUAUAAGUCUGAAAUCAGUAUUUGGAGAUUCUAGAGAUGUGUAAACCUACUGCUGUGCUGUCGAGCCCUGCUGUUAUGGUUUUGUCCGUUAGGGAGGUGUGUUAAGUCUUCAUGUUGUCUGUAUUGUAGUAAGAUAAAUAAAUCCUAUCUAGCCCCAUUUCAGCCCAACUGUAAGUCCCACAGUUUGAGUGUGUGUGUAUACAUGCAGUGUAUUGUUUUGCCAGAUCAGCAAUAUAUGAAUAAUAAUCGGAUAUUGUUUUUAAUGUUUGUGGCUUUUAUUUUUUAGAGAUGAAAUGCGUGUGUAAGGAACAUAUUGUUACAACUUCCAUCAGGCAAUUAUUUAAGGCAUUUCAUUCUUGACAAUAAAAACACUGGUGUAAAUAUGAGAGUAAUUGGAUGAGGAGUGCCUCAAAACAGUUUGAAGACGGCAACAGAACAUAAGGUAUAGUUUGUUAGACUAGUUACAUAUGAGAACAUUAAGAAACAGGAGUAUUUGAAACCAACCAACCCUAUUAUUGUGCUAGCUAGCCUGCUGCUGAGAGAGAAAGUGAUGGAAUAAUUGAAAUGGGUGUAAAUAUUUCAGUGUUUGAAAAAAGUAUUUAUAGAACAUGUACAGCUUUGGCAAUAUCAAAAUAAAAGUUGUCAAAACUGAAGCCCUCCA